AUGAUGGAGUCGGGAGAGAUCAAGAUGAGGUUUGGCCGGUGCCCAUACUGCCGGACCAUGAUCUACCAGAACCCUGAAGCGGUCAUCUUCUUCUGCAGCAAAUGCCGCACCCCGAUCAGAGGAAAGAACCCUGUGCCGACGGAACAAAUCGACCAGGCCCUGAGCAGGCUUGAGAUCCUCUCGGAUAGGCUCCGGCCGUUCUCCCGACGAACGAGGCGCCCGUCGGGCUCUGACUCUGAUUCCAGCGUUCUGCGUUAUGGCAUGCUGAUGAUAACGGAUUCGGAGGCCGAGGAAGGGUUCUCUUCGCCGAGGAACGCGUGCGAGCGGCAGCUCCGCCGCCGCCGGAGAUCGCUCCUGGGAUCGCAAGCGUUCGAGACAUCGAUCGCCUCGUCUGGACAGGAGCCCUAUGGCGUCGUCGCGCCGUCGCCGCUGCGGGGCCCGGCGUUCAACAACGAGCUGCUCAACGCGCUGGACAACCUCCGAGGCCUGAUCGCCGCUAUCGAGCCGGCGUCAAGCAGUAGGAGAGCGUCUGCGCCGCACGACGCCCAUUUGUUCCGCCGGCUGGAGUCGCAGCUCGCGCGGGCGUUGCACGUCGAUGGGCGCGGUCACCGCCGGAACGCGAGCAGCACCGGCUCCUCGUCGUCGUCCUCCGGCGGCUACCGCAGCGAACGGCGGAAGAACCACUGCCGCCCUGUCUUGGGCGGCGCGCCGUUCCUAGUCUGCGGCAGCUGCUCCGAGCUGCUGCAGGCGCCGGCGACGACGGGGCUGCCACGUGGAAAGGUCGUCAGGCUGCGGUGCGGCGGGUGCGAGGACAUGCUUGAGAUGACGGCGGUGACCGCGGGUGCCGGUGGCUCGGCGCUGCACAAGACGACUCGGGCGGACCCCGGCAGUUGCAACAGCGGCGCGUGUGGGGACGGUGCGCGUGCGCAGCAGCUGCCGCCACAGCCGCUGCACCGCGCGUUGGGGUACAGUUCACCGAGCCCGCUUCUGCAGAGCCGGCGCUACUGA